AUGGGCUCCAUACCAGCGACCGACUCUAAGAGCUACUCACUUGAAGCUGCGCUGGCAAUCGACCGAGAGCAGCGUGAGCCCGUCGAACUGCGAGUGACUGGAACCUUUCCGCCACUUCUCGCAGGCACAUUAUACCGCAAUGGCCCCGGCACCUACCGUGUCGAUUCGAAAACAGGGUCGUAUGCUCGCAGUCACUGGUUUGACGGCUUCGCACAGCUGCACCGAUUCCAGAUACUCUCCACGGACGACGGCAACUGUCGCGUGUUCUAUAACUCUCGAUUCCAGGUCGACGCGUUGAUGGAGGAAGCACGCCGCACCGGAGAUCUCAAGGCCGUCACCUUUGGCCAGAAGAGAGACCCGUGCGAGUCAUUCUUUCAUAAGAUGAAGACCGUCUUUGAGCCGAGUGGAUUCAACUCUAAUCCACAGCUCGUCAACGCCAAUGUCACCGUGGUCGCCAACAUGCCUGGCAUGCUGAAACAUGGCCCUGCUGUACCGGCAUCCUCGCAAUUCAAGGUGCUGACCUGUCUUACUGAUGCAAACCAAAUCACACAUGCUGAACCGGAGACCCUCGAGCCGCUUGCUGCGAGCACGCAACAGGAGCUGCACCCGGAACUGAAGGGACAACUCUCCUGCGCACACCCGCAAUUCGACCCAGAAACCGGAGAUGUAUACAAUUACAACCUGCACCUGGGCGCGAGAGGCACCUUUCGUGUAUACCGCACUUCGGCCAGCACAUCCAAAACAGAGGUCAUUGCCACAAUCUCGACAAAACCAGCCUAUAUCCAUUCCUUCUUCUUGACAGAGGACUACAUCAUCCUCUGCAUCUGGCCCUCCUACUUCAAAGGCUUCGGGGCCUCCAUCCUCUGGGAACGGAACAUGCUCGACGCAAUGAAAUUCGAUCCUACUGCCCAAACGCAGUGGUUCGUGGUCGACCGCAGGGGCCAACGAGGCGUCGUUGCCAAGUUCGUCAGUCCGCCGUUCUUUGCCUUUCACACGAUCAAUGCUUUUCAAGAACCGGAAUCCAAGCAUACCGUUAACAUCAUCUGUGACGUGGUGCAGUACGCCAACAUGGAUGUCCUGCACCGAGCCUACUACAAAGACAUCCUGUCGACUGAUGGCGAGGUUUCGAAUUUCGCGUUGAAGAGAUCCGAAACCCCCAUGACCGUCCGCUAUCGCCUGCCACGAGUGCCCAUACAGUCAACCGUCAGAACAGUUGCCGCCGCGGAACGUGUCUUUGAAUUUGAAUCCGGCGAACUUCCGACGAUCAACCCGCGAUUCGCAGCCAAAAGAGCGCGCUACCACUAUUGCACCGUCAACCGAGGGCGCACUUCCUUCUUCGAUGCAAUCGGCAAGGUCGAUCUUGAGACGCAAACAGUAGAGUACUGGGAAAGCGAAACGGCACCUCAUACGCCAUCUGAGCCGAUUUUCAUCCCCGACGGCACUGGCGAGGCGGAGGAUGCGGGAUAUCUGCUUAGUGUGGUGUUGAACGGAGAGACAGGGACAAGUUACCUUGUUUGCCUUGAUGCGAGGACGAUGACGGAGGUCGGCAGGGCUGAACACAACCACGCGAUCAGUUUUGGGCUGCAUGAAAAUUACUAUUCCGCGUCUUGA